CUUCAACUUCGAGAGCGAGCAUCGGAGAAAGCAGACAGAUGUUGAGUUGUUCAUCGGCGUUCCAAAGAGUAGCCUUUAUGCUCAUGGCUCCCAAAUUAAAACCUCAGCGACUCCAUCAAAUUGCAGAGACUGGUGCUGAACAAUUGGUUAAGAAAGCUAGGACGAUGACUACUGAAUCCUCCAUGAAAGAUGCUUUCUCUACCUACGCUGAUUAUCUUAAUAACUUCAAUGAGAAACGAGAAAGAGUGGUGAAGGCAAGUCGUGAUAUCACAAUGAAUAGUAAAAAAGUUAUCUUUCAGGUUCACAGACUCAGUAAAGACAACAAAGAGGAAGUUUUGGAGAAAGCAGGGAAAGAUUUGGAAGCUGUGAGGGAUCAACAUUUUGCCCGGCUAAUGAGAGAGCUGCAAGGGACUGAUUUUUGGAAGCUGAGACGAGCUUAUUCCCCAGGGGUGCAAGAAUAUGUUGAAGCUGCAACGUUUUAUAAGUUCUGUUUGUCUGGGACGCUAUGUACUCUCGAUGAUAUUAAUGCAACGCUUGUACCGCUUAGUGACCCUUCUUUAGAGCCGUUGCAGAUCAAUAUCCUUGACUAUAUUCUUGGGCUAGCUGAUUUGACUGGAGAGCUAAUGCGAAUGGCGAUUGGUCGAAUAUCAGAUGGUGAAAUCGAAUUUGCGCAGCGGAUUUGUCAGUUUGUUAGACAGAUUCAUAGGGAACUUAUGCUAGUUGUGCCAAAGAUGGAUGACAGUUACGACAUGAAGUCCAAGAUGGAAGUGAUGCUUCAGAGUGUGAUCAAAAUCGAGAACGCUUGCUUUAGCGUUCACGUGAGAGGAUCAGAGUAUAUUCCACUGCUUGGAGAUGAUGCGCCAACAUCGUACUUAUUGGGAGCUGCUGAUAUCGAAUGAUUUAAAGUGAGUGUUCAUCUCUCAGGACCAUUUCUAGUUAUUAAGGUUGGUAUGUUUGUGACGAGUAGAAUCAUUUUUAGUAUGGACUAUCUUCAGAGAAUUUUAGCCACUUCUUUCUUUUGAGGAACUUCAAAUCUCUCUGUUGCAAGACUUUGAAAAAUGAAUGGUUAGAACAAAGAUGUAGAAUUUUUCUGUUGUUGAAUGGAAAGCUUAUUAUAAAUUAAUUA